UUCGUUGGGGAGUGGAUCGAUGGUCGUUGUCUAACCGGAGGGAUCUCAACGCAAUCACAAUAAAUAUCGCCGGAAUCAGGCGAAAUUCUGUUGGAAAUCAGAGAAAAGCGAGAGAGGAGGCGUGCGACCAAGAGAGAAAAUGGCGUGGAAUUCCGUCUCCAUGGAGGUAGUAUACAACGUUUUCGGAUGGACUGCUUUCGUCGCUUGGUCCGUCAGUUUUUACCCCCAAGUCAUCUUGAAUUUUCGAAGGAAAAGUGUGGUAGGACUGAAUUUUGAUUUUGUGGUGCUGAAUUUGACGAAGCACUCUUCCUAUCUCAUCUACAAUGCUUCCCUCUUCUUCAGCUCUGCAGUUCAGAAGCAGUACCGUCAGAAAUAUGGUUUCAAUGAGAUGAUACCUGUAGCUGCAAAUGAUGUAGCUUUCUCAGCACAUGCUGUUCUUCUCACUGCAUAUACCCUGUUCCAAAUCAUAAUUUAUGAUCGUGGAAAUCAGAGGGUCUCAAAGACUUGUAUUGCAAUUGUAUCUGUUGCUUGGUUAUCUGCAGCAAUUUGUGUGUUCAUAGCUUUGCCAGGACAUUCCUGGCUUUGGCUAGUCUCCUGUUUUAACACCUUGCAGGUUGUUAUGACAGUCAUCAAAUAUAUUCCUCAGGCAAUUAUGAACUUCCGGAGGAAGAGCACUGUUGGAUUCAGCAUAGGCAACAUUUUGCUUGAUCUAUUUGGAGGGCUGGCAAAUUAUGGUCAGAUGGCUGUGCAGUCUAUAGAUCAGAAUUCCUGGGUAAACUUUUAUGGAAAUAUUGGGAAGACAUUGCUAUCUUUGGUCUCUAUCUUCUUCGACCUCCUCUUCAUCCUGCAACACUAUGUGCUCUAUCCUGCCAAGAAAACAGCCACCACUCCUGAUCUUGAUUCUGUGGUAAGCAAGGAGCCACUCAUUGAUUCACCUCAUGGCCAAGACCCAGAAAAUGUCUAGCCACCUAUUUGAAUCUGAAUAAAUGCUUUCUUAAACUUCAUAAUUCCAUGUAAAUAGGUCUGACAUUGUAUAAUUUUACCUGCCACUCAUUGUUCCCUUGCACACAAAAGAGUUGAACCCUAGAGACAAAACUCAUAGUGAUCAUGAACGAUGUGAAAGCAUAGCAAGUACCAUUUAUAUAUUAAGCUGUUUCUACCUCUGUGAA